AUGGGCCAGCGCAUGGGGACAGCGCCCUGCGGGCAAGCGUCCCCGGAGCGCCCUGCGGCCAAGGGUUCCCGGAGCUCCCUGCGGGCAAGCGUCCCCGGAGCUCCCUGCGUGACCACCGCUGCUCCAGGAGGGGCCCAGCUGCAGCGCGGGCUGGGGACGCUGGCGGUCCGGAGAAGCCGGCGCAGCGCGGACCCAGCUCAGAAGCCUCCCGGGCGCGCGGAUCCAGCCUCGGCCGCGGCGGCUCCGGCGUUCGUGGGCGUGUGCGGUGUUCCCGAGUGUUCCCGAGUGUGUGCGGGCGUGCGUGGUGGUCCCGAGUGUGCGCAGGCGUGCGUGGUGGUCCCGAGUGUGCGCGGUGUUCCCGAGUGUUCCCGAGUGUGCGCGGGCGUGCGUGGUGGUCCCGAGUGUGCGCGGGCGUGCGUGGUGGUCCCCAGUGCUGGGCUCCCGCGGUCCGCGCCCCGGAGGCCUGGUUCCCACCAGACGCUCUGCAACGCAGGGGUUUCUCUCCUGCCCUCACCCGAACCCCUUGAACAUCCACGUUCCGGCCGACAGAUGUAUGGUUUUCCAGAAGCUUCCCUAAGUGCCUGCCCCGCCAUCACCUGCCCCCCACGUACCCGAACCGGGCUCUGCCGCCGCUUCCCGCCCCUCCGCGCCGGGAUCUCGUCUGCUGUGCGGCCACGCCGGGCUGGGGUCAGCAUUGGACGCGGAGGGAGCCGUGAGGGGCCGAGGCAGGGGGCGGGAGGGUCAGGGGUCCUGCGGGCCGGAGCCCCUCGGGAAGCCGGGCUGGAGCCGCGCAGGCUGCCGCGGCCGGAUGAAGGAGGGCCGCGACCCUACCCCGGGCGCCGAGUGCGAGGGCACCAGGAACGGUACCAGGUUCACACGUGGGCAGUUCACGGCAAGUUACACAUGGGGGACUGGGCAGGGAAGAGUCUGGGAGAAGGGGCGCGAGUCAAGGGAAGGUGGGAUCUUGGUGGGAACGGAGAGAAAGGGGCAGGGGGCCUGCCAGGGGGCCGGCACCACCUGAGCUGUGAGCGGUGGGGCGUGGGCCGGCGGCGGGGGCGGGGAGUGCGGGGCCCAGCGGAGGGCACGGGCUCUGACAGAGCGGGACAGAGCAGUGUGGCCCGUGCGCCCAUCUCCGCUGCAGAUGGCAGGUGGCUGGAAAGCCACCCGCGAGCGAGGGCGACAGAGCCAGGGGAGGAGGGGUGCGCAGCGAACCCAGAAGGAGCCCGCUUUGCUGCGGCCACGGUCGCGUCCUUCCCCGUGCUGCGAGCGCGCACGCCGGCUCUGGGGACGCGGACGGCCCAGGCCCCCCGGUCCGGCGUCAGCCGCAGACGUGAGGCGGCUCAGCACCGAUUUCCAAACACAGGCGCGGCGGAGGAACGUGCGCCCCGCGGAGAGGGCGGCGGCGGCGCGCUCAGGGCGCAGCGGGUCCUGGUGCCGACGCUGGAGAAGGCGCGCCGCGCAGGGAGGAGUCCGGGGUUCGCGCGGCGCAGGAGCGAACCCCGGACUCCGGUGCUGGGCGGGGGUGGGGCUCGGCAUCCUCAGCGGUCCGAGAGCCCCUUCCCCGCAGCGCGGGCUGCGGGCGGCGACUCCGCGCGCUCCUCCGGCUGCGGGCCCGGCGUCCUCGGCGUCCUCGGCGGCCCGCACCCCUGCAGGCGGGCUCUGCGGGCUGCGGGCGCGGCUGGGAGCGGGCGUCUGCCUCCCGGCAGGGGCCCCUCCCCGGUCUCUGCUGCUGCCCAAACGGGGGUGGGCGUCCCGCCCAGCUCCGGCGUCUCCGAGGGCCCUUCCGCGAUGCCCCACGCUGGCCUGAAGGCCAGUCCUCCGCCUACCCCGCGGGGACUCCGCUCUCGGGGGAGGGAGCGGUUUGAGGCCCUCCAGGGCCUGGACAACGGCCUCAGCGGUCCUCAGGAGUCUGUCAACCCCCGACCCAUGCAGGGACCGAUCCUGAAGGUCCACCGCUGUGCCCCCAGAGCCGGCCACUGUCCCUUCUUCUCUGAGAAGUGCCUCUCCUUCCCACCUCCCCUGCGAAAAGUGGAUGGUGCCCCUGCCCUCACCUUGAUGUGCGGCUCCUGCCACCUGACCGGCGAAGCCAGGGCGGUGGUUUCCAUGCGGCCGCACAAUCCCCUGCAGCUGGGGCCCCCGGUCUCGCUGCUGGUGGACAUGAAGCCGGGCCUCCUGCCUUCUCCUGCCUUCACGCGGUAUCCUGGGCCCUUGCCUGCCCCACAGGGACUCCCUCUGGGACCACCUGCCAUGCCUGGGGAGAGCCAGAGCCCGACUGCCCUCACUGGUGGCCUCUGUGAGGGCACGAAGGUGCCGGCAGUGUCCUCCCUCGGGGGCGGAGGCCCGACCCCUGCGCGGCCGCCACUCUCCCCACGGUGGACCUCAGGGGCUGAUGCAGCUGACGGGGUCGCCAGGGGGCAGCCCUGGAAACUGGCCACUACACGACUGAAAGCCCAGCUGAGAACAGAGGCCAUGUCUGCCACGUGGAAGGCGCUGGAGACGCAGGCGGAUGGACGGAGUAAAUGCAGGAGAGCGUGA